CACAUCACAGCUGCUGGCCUUGAGACCAGUUGGAAACAGCUCCCCAAUACCUUGAGAGCCCCAAGUGGGGGAGGAGGGGCCUAAAGUUAAAGCCACUUUGUGGGGUUGUAAGAAAGAAUUCCCUUGAAGGAUGUAACCAAAGGCCUGAGGAUACUGUUUUCUUCUUUCACAUGUCAACUGCUCUUCUAAGCAAAAAGAGUGAGGAAUUCCUGGAAGACAGAAAGCAGAUGGAGCCACUGUGUAGGAGGCUGGCGGGCAGCCGACCGCCAGAAAGGAGGAGGAGGGGAGUCGGCCUGUCUGGCUAGGGUUUGAGGAAAACGGUCGAGGGGCGGAGGAGGAAAUGAGAGAGCGCGUGUGUCAAUACAAACUGAACGCGGGCACGCGCGCUGACCAGCCAGGCUGCAGCCCGCGGAGCGGAAGGCGGGAUGGCCGGGGGCGGAGCCCAGGAGCAGGCGGGCUCGGAGGGGGCGGGUUCCCAGGGCGGCAAAAACCCGGUCGCCAGAGUGAAGCCAAGCCAACUAGCGCAGCGAAGCCUAGGCCGCGCGGACUCCUCAGAGACUUGCCGCCGCCUCCGCCUUUGCCGCUUCAGCCAUCCCUCUUACGCCUUGUCUGUCUUCACCGUCGUCUCCUCUGUCGCCGUGCCGCAGUCGCACCAGCAUCGACAACAGCUAAGUGGCCGAUUCCGGGACUUGGGGUCGGGGUUGGGGAGGGCGCAAGGCACGAACAGCACACGCGAGCCCGCCAUCUCUUGCGGCAGCCGCCACUGCUGCAGUAACCCUUUCUAAGGGCGAGAGAGGAAAGCGCUGUGGAGAGGCACACCCUGUCCCAGUGCUCACGGUUAGAGUUCGAGCGUUUCUGCCAAAACCUUGUUGAGAGCCUUGCACUUGGAGAAGGGAGCACAGAGCAGGUCUUUGAGAUCGCGAAAAAAAUAAAUAUCACAUUACAUACUGUUGACUUUUUGUCAGUUUAAUCGACCAGGGCAGAGCUUUCUCCAAGCCCUCUGAAUCCCUGAGCUAUGUCUCCUCCGACUGUGCCUCCGAUAGGGGUAGAUGGCGUGUCCGCAUACCUGAUGAAGAAAAGGCACACCCACAGGAAGCAACGGCGCAAGCCCACUUUCCUUACUCGUAGGAACAUCGUGGGCUGCCGCAUUCAACACGGCUGGAAGGAAGGCAACGAGCCAGUGGAGCAGUGGAAGGGCACUGUGCUCGAGCAGGUUUCCGUGAAGCCCACUCUCUAUAUCAUUAAAUACGAUGGCAAAGAUAGUGUGUAUGGACUAGAACUGCACCGCGAUAAGAGAGUUUUAGCGCUAGAGAUCCUUCCUGAGAGAGUGCCAACUCCUCGAAUCGAUUCACGACUGGCAGAUUCCCUGAUUGGCAAGGCAGUGGGGCAUGUGUUUGAAGGCGAGCACGGUACAAAAGAUGAAUGGAAGGGUAUGGUCCUGGCGCGAGCGCCUGUGAUGGAUACUUGGUUUUACAUCACCUACGAGAAAGAUCCUGUUCUCUAUAUGUAUACGCUGCUUGAUGACUACAAAGAUGGUGACCUACGCAUCAUUCCAGAUUCCAACUACUAUUUCCCUACAGCAGAACGGGAGCCUGGAGAGGUGCUCGACAGUCUCGUGGGCAAGCAGGUGGAGCAUGCCAAAGAUGACGGGUCCAAGAGAACUGGCAUUUUUAUACAUCAAGUGGUGGCAAAGCCAUCUGUCUACUUCAUUAAGUUUGAUGAUGAUAUUCACAUUUAUGUCUAUGGUUUGGUGAAAACUCCCUAAAUUCUUUGUGCUCUUUACAGAAGUUGUGGAACUUUUAUAUGUAAAUUAUUUUGUGUCCUCGUAAUUGUGAACGUAGAGAACAGGUUAGGCGUCAGAAAUUUAGGAAAGUGGAUAAAUUGUAUUGUGCCUCCAAAUCUUACCUUGACUAGUUUCACAAUUUUGCCUCAAGUGUACUCUGGUACUUUUGAUAUUGCCUAGUUCUGUAAUUUAACAUUUAAUUUGGGUGCCAAUAGAAAAUUAAAAAGUGUUUGCAACCAUUGAAACAAUGCAAAAAUCGAUUAAGAAAAAUUAAUGGUGUAAAACCACGCCCUGUCCUUCCCACUUCCUUUCUUUACUUUGUUUCUUCCCAGGUAACAAGUGUUGAGGACACGAAGUACAUCCUUCUACCUGUUUUCCCCAUCUCCUUACAGAAAGUAUCUUCCAAUAGUUUCUGUAAAAUGGCAAGCCACAUACUUUUCUUUCUUGACAUGUAGAUGAUAUCUCUUCUGAUCAGUAGCUUCAGUCUUUCUUGCUAUUCUGGCUCCCUGGCCCUCACUCUCACUCUCUUGCACUCUUGCUCUCCCCUGCACGCCCUUCCUCUAACAGCUGAACACACAGUACAUGUUGAUAUGCCAAAGGAGCAUUCAAACAUUUCAUUAUUGAUCGUCUUUUAUUUCCUUUUUUUCAAAAUAACGCUGCUGUACUGGUGCUUUUAUUUCUGUAGGUUGGCUUCCCAGAAAUGCUAUGUAGGCGUACGUUUUAGAAAUGUUACAAGAUUACUAUCCAAAAUGAAAGCGCUCAUUCCAGCAUCCUCUCCAGCACUCUUCAAUGCUUGAAAAUAUGAAAAGCUAAAAAUUACAUUGUAUUGCUUGUUACUUUAAUUGCCUUUUAUCUGACUUAAAAGAGGUUUGUUGUUGU